AUGCCCCCCCGCGGCCGUGGCGGAAAGUUCAAGCCCUCUCGAGGAGGAGGAAAGCACUUCAGUCGAGACCUUCAACCCGUCGAUAAGGAUGGCAAUUCCGUCGGUCUGUGGCGCGAUCCCAACGAUGAAAUCCCCUCGUCCAGCGAAGAAGAAUCAUCCUCGGAGGAAAGCUCUGAAGAAAGCGAAGACGAAGCCGCCGAUCCAAGCACACAAGCAGGCUCUGCCGCCGCCGAACUAACCCGUGAAGAACGUCGCGCCGCUGCCAAAGCAAAGAAACAAGCUGCCCUAGCAAAGCGCAACAAAGCUCCCGCUCAACCUGGUGAUCUUCCCCCCUCAGACUCAGAGGAGUCCGACGACGAGCUACCUGCGAACCCCAACCACACGGCCCAGUCACGGAAGCAGCUUGUACGAGAGGAAGAGGAGGAAGAGGAAGAGAAACCCAAGCCUGCUGCUAAGAAGGGUCCACAGGAUCUAUCUCAGCUUUCUCGGCGAGAGCGCGAGGCGAUUGAGGCACAGCAGGCGCGAGAGCGAUACAUGAAGCUUCAUGCUGAGGGGAAGACUGAUGAGGCCCGGAGUGAUUUGGCGCGGUUGGCUAUCAUUCGGGAGCAGCGAGAGGCAGAGCGAGCUCGUAAGCAGGCUGAGAAGGACGAGAGAGAUGAGGUUGCGAAGGAGAAAGCUGCUGCUGUGAAGGAGCGAGAGGAUAGACUCAAGGCUGCUGCUAUGGGGAAGGGCCCAAAGAAGGGAGGCAAGAAAAAAUAA